AUGAGAAAGCAAAAAGGAGAAAGAAAUGUAGCAAGUACAUCAGCCUGGAAUGACUCUCAAGUUUACUCCUCUAGGGGGAAACCCACACCUCUAGCAAAUUGUUCUGGAGAAAUAUUUGUGCAUAAGCAAAUACCACUUAGUCCCAAAGAAUUCAUCGUCGUGGCGCUAGUAGGAUUUUUGUGGGGUUGGGGGGAGGCCUGUGCUGAGAUCUUUUGUUAUUCUUAUCAACUCCGCGCACACUCAGAGUGGGCGAGGACAAACACCAGGGUGAGGAACUUAGAGCAAAAAGUAGCCGCCGAUUUUCUGGAGCCGAGAAUAUCAUUGUUUUCGCGCCUUAGUUGCUUUCGUCUGAAUGAAACUUUACCUAGAAGCUUUUGGAGCUCAUACAGUGAGUCUUUGUUCUGCAAGAAACUGCUGCUGCCACUUAAAGAGAUCGCAGAUAAUGUCCCAGAUUUGAAAUCAGUACUCAAACGCACAUUAACUUUCUUGCUUUCUUCCUUUUUAAAGCUCUGCCUCUGCCUCCGACUUGCGGAGGGAUCACGCAGCCGUCGGGGGCAGAUAAAAGCCCUUUGGACGAGGGUCACCUCAGUCCUUGUUGUUCACUUGAGAGCAGUGGAGAGGAAAACGGUCCUCACCGGCGGACUUUGGCUUCUGGAGCCGCAGGGCCGGUCUGUCCCGGCCUCUCCGCGCCUCCGCCGGAUAGGGGGCGGGGAGGAGCACCAGUGGGAAGGGAGGGAAGGAGCCAGAAGAGAGGAUUUGGGGAUGGGGGCUGGAAGCGCUAACGAGACCUGCCGGGAGGAUUUGCGUCUCCUGCAGCCCGCAGGCCGCCUGCCACUUUCCGCAGCCCCUUUUCCCGACCAGCGAGAGAAACCUAGCUCCCAGAGCCGGUGCAGUCAGUCCCCUCGCCCCUCCCGCCCCUGCGCGGGACCCUUUCCAGCCGUCGCUACAUCCACCACCUCGGUUCCACUCAAUCGAUUUUUGCUGCAUGUCAACACUUAUUACCGAUGGCACUCUCCGCCUCAACCUGGACCCUAACUCUGACUUGUUUUUUGAAACGGAAGUUUUGCUGAGAGCAUUCACUGAAAUCUCUGUACUUACGGGUAUGAGAAAGUAGCAAUGGUGUGCAUGUCUGCUGAGAACUCUGCAUCGUUGCAUUACUCUUGAGGUCACAUCCUGGCUUCUUCAAAGGUCACUGCUUCUACUUCAGUGUGUUCACAGCCUGUAUAGAGAUCCUGCGAAUUUCUGGCAGGGGAUGGAGGGUGGCAGCAAACAUGGAGUAAACAAGACUUUCCAGAGUGUCAGCAGGCAUCAACAAUGUGGCAAGUGCUGUGUAUGUAUAUUAAUUGGACAUCACCAAUCAGUUCAUUCUCAAAGAAAAUGGCUUUCUGUUUAAGAUGUGGUUACAGAGUGUUCAUCACUUCAUGCAGUAUCACUGCUCUAACGUCAGUGCACACAAUGCUCUAUGUCAUUCCUAUAGAGUGAUACAGCUCAACUUUGUCAGCACCAAACUUGAUGUUAUUCCACACUCCCUCCCAAAAAAAUAGAAUUGACUCAAAUGUUCCACUAAAUUAGCUCUAGAGAGACAAUGAAUGCAUCGAGGCAAAUAAAUACAAAGAAGUAUGAAUCACACAGUCAGUUGUUUUUCAGUGACUUACCGAAAUGUAAGUGGGGAAAGGGUAUUUACUUUCAAGGGUCUGAGUAGUUGGGGAAAAGAGUAUUCUAAAGGAUAUUGCAGUGUUCACUCAAACCCUCUUCUCCCCCACCAAAUUACCAUGUUAUCUGACACCCUCGAUCUAUUUGUGUCCUGGGAAACAGACAGUUUGACCAAGAGGUCACAGACUAGAGGGCUUGGGUGACUGGAAACAAGUUUGACAAGAAAGGAAUCUGGGUGGGGUGCCACCAUGGAGGUGGAGAGAGGAUAAGGCCACCAUGGCUGGAGCAGCCUGGCAACCCAAAAUCUGCUGGACUCUGCAUUUACAUAAAAUGCCUUGUCAGGGAAUGGGGGAUUACGAAUAGCUAUUAACAUAACUUCAUGGACAAGAGAAAUCUAAGUUUCUCUCUCCAUUCCUUUUCUUUACCUUCCCUUUAUUUUCUACCUUCUUCUUGCCCUUCUUCUGCAUCAGGUGACUCUCCCCAGAACUUUGGCUGCUCCUGAAUUAAGCCCUGCUUAUCCUCCCUCUCUUUUGAAUUAAGGCUUCAGAUUGUUUGUAGCAUUCACUUUUCCAGAUAUGAUACAUGUUUUAUUCAGUCAAGAGUCUACCUGUAAACCAUGUGUACUUAUGAAUACGGAGUGCUUCUAUGAACAAUAAAAGUUUCAGGUCGAAUAAGUAAAGCAUGCAAUAUUGCAUACCUUAGCAUUUCAGAGUGCAAGAAGGACUGUGCACACUCUUUAAUAAAGCCUCACUGCAUGCCAGAGACAUUGGGAGAGUGAGUGAGCAGAAUUAUUUCACCCAGGCAAUAUGCCGCUUGGCAUUAUGGCCACCAAAGUGGGAAAUCUCCAUUUAGUUUGCCAUUCUCACUUUGAAAGCUCCUCCUCCCCUAAAACUACCAUCUGUGAACUUGUCUACAUUGUCAAAUUUAUGUGUUCCAAGAAAACACUGAAACAGUCCUUUGAAAAGUUUAUGUGCUAAACUUUCAUGAAAACGCAUUUGUUUUUCUUCUGCUAAAUCCUCUUUUUAUUGGCUCAGCAGAAUUUUAUUGUGAUUUCUCUCCUUGUACAAUUGAGAAACACCUUCAUUAUCAUCCUGCAACUCAUUAGAUUAGAACUUGGUUGAAACAUAUCUUUUACUCCACAGAAGAGCUGCCCUGUUUCACCCUCCUUUGGCUCCUUCUUUUCCUUUCUAACUUCUUCCAAAAUCUCUAGAGGUAAUUCUAAUCUCAUGACUCUCUCCCUUUUUACUUUUUCAUUUUAUUUCUGGUCACUUAUUGUUCCCAUACUUCCAAACUAACUUUCAUCCAUAUUACUCCUUUGGCAAUUACUAUAUGGGGUGUUUUAUUAUAAGUUAAGAUUUUGUGGGUCAUUUUUUUUAGCUUCUUGUGGUGGCUUGGCACAAUACCUUGUAAUUGAGUAGAUGUUCAAUAAAUGCCUAUUGACCAAAUGUUACAAUUAAAAUCUUUGUUCACAAAAAUAAAAGUUCAAAGACAUUAAAAUCUA